AUGGCAAUGGCCCAAGAAGCAUCUGUCGAUUACGAAAUGUCCAUAAGGACUGUGCGCCUGGAGAAGGAAUAUGAGAAAACCUUGUCAGACUCUGCGCGUCUCCUGGAAGGCGAGAGAGAUCGUGUGCGACGCAUGGAGCACUUGUUUUUGGAAUUCGAAAAUGAAGCUCUCCGAUCACAGUUGGAUGAAGCAAAUGAACAUCUCCUCGGGUUCACAAACGCUGAUUCCGAGGCAUGUGUUCAACUCGAGGAAGCCUGUCAGGAAAUUGAUCGCUUGGAGCGUCACGCGCAAACUUCAAUGAGCGAGAUAGACCGACUCAGAGAAGAACUCGCCAGUCGAAAGAAUACUUCAACCAGCUACAACGCAGUCUUCGCCGAGAAGGUUCGCCUCUCCAAAGACCUCGCAGCCCUACAAACGGAGGUAGAGCGGCUCAAAGCGCAAAGCUCAUCCCGUCAGGCCAUGAUCGCCGAAAAACAUGAGAUGGAACGGCAACUGAAUUCUCUGGAGAUUCAACUUGAUAAAGAAAGGCAUGCCCACGAACGCACUCGGUCUAAUGGAUCACAGCAAACAGCGGGGAUGACCAAGCUAUCUGCACAAGUCGAUGAGUUACGAAACGAACUUUCUGGAGAAGUACGAGCAAAACAACAGCAAGAAUUGGAUAAACGGCAACAGAGUUCGGAGUUUGACAGCCAGCGCGCAGUGCUCGAAGGGAAGAUUGACUCGCUGAAACAGCAAUUACGAUGGACCAAGGACAAGCUACAGGAAGCUCAGAACGAGGUAUUGCAGCGACGCAAUAACAAAGUGGACAGAGGGGAUGAGUCCGAACCAGGUUCUCGGACUAUCCCGCUUCAGCGCCCUGGACCUAGUGGUCAUGGGGGUGUGACGAUUGCAACUCCAGGUGCCGUUCGAGUCCAAGAGAAGGUUAAAAAAGACUCGGCCUUACCUGGUGACAAAUCGGCAUUCUCCAUUACUCCCUUCUUGAACCGCACAGGUGCACCGGCAGAUUCCCCGUUGAGCUCCGUGGCAGAUGAAGAUGAUAUGCGUGAAGAUGCCGAUACCACGCUUGAUCCACUCGACAAAGGGACCCUAAUUGGUCAGCCCAAGCACAUUGGUUCUGCUUUGCGACGCCAAUUGUCUCCAACUCAAGAUCGCAACCCCAUCAGUAAACCAGUGAGAUCGAAGGCGCAUGAUGCCCCGGCAACAAAAAAUGGCUCCAAGAAGCCAGAGAGCCGCCUGGAUCGCCGCAAGCUGUCCGUUGAUACUGAUGAUGAACAGCUUAGUCAACCUGAGCAGAUCAAGCCAAAAAAACGUAAACUCGGUGGUCCACGAGACCGGAGUCUGAUGGAGGAAGAUAACGAUGAUGAUGAAGGAGAGCCUCGCCUGAACAAGAAAUUUGGGCGGAAACUUGCACUUGGGGCUGGACGUACUUCAAAACUAGGUGGCAUGCAGCAACCAAGCACGUCUAACGGCGAGCGACUGCAACGGGGUCUUGGAUUCGGGGCACCUAUGGGAUUCUCUCCAUUGAAGCGGGACCGCAGGCGACUCUGA